CUCAGCUCCGCUCCGUUCCGCUCCGUUCCGCUCCGCCCCGGCCCCGCACGCAGCGCACCGCACCGCACCGCCGGGGCUGCGCCGGACAGAUGUGUGCUGGGACCAUGUGUGCUGGGGGAAUGCCCAUGCUGAGGAAGAGGACGGAUGGAAGGACGGCGAGCCCGUGAGAAGGAUGGCGAGCUGCCACCCGUGACGACGUCCCACGCGAUGUUCUAUGGGUCCUCCUCCACCAUGGCUCCACCAUCCAAGAGCCGGCUGAAGCGCCAGAGCCGCCUCUUCUCCCAGGUCCUGUACAGGACGCUGAGCUACAAGGACCGCAGCUCCACCUCCGCCUUCCCAGACGGGGAUGACCCAGCUGAGCUCUCCACUCAACUUUCGGCUCCCGGCAUCCUGAAGAUUUUUGGAGGCAACAUCUGUGUGGGCACCAACUACAAGAGCGUUCUGGCCACAGGCAGCUCGGGGGCACUGGAGCUGGUGAAGGAGGCUCUGGAGCGCUAUGGGCUGAGCCAGCUGAAUGCUGGGCAGUACGCACUGUGCGACGUCAUCGGGAGGUUCGAGGGACCCGAGAAGCGGUGGCAGACUGAGGGGCUGAGGGUUCUUGGGGACCAUGAGAAGCCGCUGCUCAUCCAGGACCUUUGGAAGCCCCGGGAGGGAUUCUCAAGGCGGCUGGAGCUGCGGCGGCGGGCGGAGGUGGAGGAGAUGGCAGCCAGGGAUGUGGAUACCACCACUGCAGGCAUCAACGCCCAAGCGAGGAAGCUGCAGCGGCACCGGGCGCGGGGGGCCAUGCGGGUGCUGGCGGGCGCUAAGCGGCUCGGCACCCCCCCGGCCCUGCGGCGCAGCCUCAGCGAGAGCAGCCUGGGCCGCCCCCGGGACGAGGAGCUCCGGCGGCACUGCCCCGCGCUGCGCGGCCCCGAGGAGCGGAGCGGGAGCAGCAUGCGGUAUUCCCUCUACCACUCCCCGCACCUCCUGCUCCUGCAGGGCUACAGCCAGCAGCAUGACAGCCUGGUGUACCUGCUGAACCGCGAGCAGCACACGGUGGGCCAGAGGACGCAGGCGAGCAAACCCAGCAUCAGCCUUUCGGCACCGGAUGUCUUACCCCUGCACUGCACCAUCAGGAGGCUGCGAGCAUCGUGGCACUGCUCGGAGGAGAAGUUGGUGCUGGAGCCCAUCGCCGGUGCCAGCGUCUCCGUUAACUUCUCCGCGGUGACCCGGACCGUUGUGCUGCGGCACGGGGACCUGCUGUCCCUCGGGCUCUAUUACCUGCUGCUCUACAAGGACCCCACGAAGGCACAACCGCUGCCGGCACAGACCCUGCUGAGGCUGCGGGCCCUGCACCCUGAUGGCCCCUCUGUAUGUGGGACGUGCGGCAGCCUGCUGAAAGAGCAGGGGGGGCUCGAUGCCAACCGACAGAGCCCUGAGCCCAGCGACGGUCCCAGGGCUCCCCGCAGGAGGCUGCAGCUGGAGUUUGAGCCAGAGGUCGAGGAUGUGCUGCUGCGGCGCAUCAUGACGCUGAUCGAGCCGGGGGGAGAUGACCACAAGCUGACGCCUGCCUUUCUGCUGUGCCUCUGCAUCCAGCACUCGGCCACCAGCUUCCAGCCUGGGGACUUCGGGCAGCUGCUGCUCAAAGCGGCCAAAAUGAUCCAGAGGAUGGUGUGGGAGCGCACACGGGAGCUGGCUGAGAAGCAAUCCCAGCACCAGGACCCUGCUGCCCUGUCGUGUUUCACCAUUGCGGACCUGCUGCCAGACCUGCAGCACAUCCUCUUCUGGAUGUCCAACGCCAUUGAGGUGCUCUACUUCGUCCAGCAGAAGUCCCCCACCUACAUCCAGAGCAUGGAGGAGGAGAUGGAUGUCAAAGGCUCCAAGGAGUCUCUGUUCUCCUCGACCAUCACAGCCAGCGAGGAGGCGAUGACGGUGCUGGAGGAGGUGAUCAUGUACACAUUCCAGCAGUGUGUCUAUUACAUCUCCAAGUGUCUGUACAUCUCGCUGCCAGCCCUGCUGGAGUGCAACCCCUUCCAGAAUGAGAGCCAUGAGGGCUGGCGGGCGGCCCCACCGCUGCCCGAGGAGCUGCGCCGCGUGGUGCUCAUCUACCAGGCAGCCCUGGACCUGCUCCGGCAGUAUGAGGUGCACCCUGAGAUCACCUCCCAGAUGUUUGCCUACCUCUUCUUCUUCUCCAACACGCUACUCUUCAACCAGCUCCUGGAUAAGGGCUCCUCUCUUGGCUGCUUCCAUUGGUCGCAGGGCGUGAAGCUGCGAGCCAGCAUGCGGCUGCUGCUGGAGUGGCUGCGUGGAGCCGGCUUUGAGCAGCUCUCCCAGCAGUUCUUUGCUAAACUCACCAGCGUGGCCAACCUGGUGGCCAUGCCCGGCUCCCAGCUGCUGCAGAUGACGUGGCCAACCCUGAGAGCUGAGUUCCCAGCGCUGAGCCCUGCGCAGCUGCAUCGGGUGCUGAGCCAGUGCCAGGUGGCCAUGGAGGUGGGCAAUGUGGCAGCAUGGCAGCCCUGGGGUGAGGAGAGCACGGCCGCCUUCCAGCCUGGUGAGCCCCCUGCCUUGCAUGCUGCUGUCACCCAAAAGCUUUUAUGGAUCAACCAAACGGGCAGCGCCCUUCAAACUGCAAGGGUCUUGUGGGUAACUGCGGUCAUCAGGGGUAACCGUAGUUGUAUGGCACUGGGAUGUGAAGGAUGCAAGUGUGCUCAGUGCCCUGCGUACCCAAGUGAUGCUGCUUGGAGGCACAGUGGGGCUGUGGGGCAGGAUCUGCCUGCCCUGCCAUCUCCCUUUCUCUGCCCUGCAGACGCAGUGCUGGAGUCUUUUGACAACCACCCUCCCAUCGUCCUGCCCAGCGCGGGCUUCAAGGUGGACCUGGAGGUGGAGACGUUGGAUGACAACAUCUACCGGCACCUCCUCUAUGUCCGCCACUUCCUCUGGAGCCUGCAGAGCAAGAGCCCCCAGGGCAGCGAGGGGCCAUGCUCAGCCCCUCCAAAGAGCGAGCCACCAAUCGUGCCAGAAGUGCUGGAAGUGACUCCAAGCCUGGUUAUGACCCCAGGGAGCACUGUUCCCCCAUCGGGCCGCUGCACCCCUGGGGGCUGCCCCAACCUGGAGGCGGAUGAGCCCCCCCCGCUCACCUCCACCACCAAUGGGUGCCCCUGCCAGCACACCGCUGGCGAGCAGCAGCUCCAGGAGAAGCUCCAGCAGCUGCAGCUGGGCAGAGGCCCGGCCCCCCCGGCCCCCUCCUGCCUGCUUACACCCCCCACCACACCCCUGAACUUCGACUCUGCCUGCCCCGAGUCCCCACAGGGCACAACCAAGGGGCUGCAGGACCCGCGGAGGAACGGGAUGAGCAGCACCAAAGGCGGCAGCCCUGAAGGCUGCUCGCCGACCCCCUACGACUUCCCCACGCCGGAGUCCUCCAGCCGCAGCUCGGCCACCGACGACUUCUGCUACGUCUUCGUGGUGGAGCUGGAGAGGGGAGCGCUGGGGCUGGGGAUGGGGCUGAUCGACGGCCUGCACACACCGCUGGGCUCCCCGGGCAUUUACAUCCGCACGCUGAUUGAGGGCAGCCCCGCGGCGGCUGAUGGCAGGCUGGCCAUCGGGGACCGCAUCCUGGCCGUCAAUGGCACCAGUCUCAUCGGGGCCGAUUACCAAAGUGCUGUGGACCUCAUCUGCUCUGGAGGGAAGAAGCUGAGGUUUCUGGUUGCCAAAUCAGACAUGGAAAUAGCCAAAAAAAUCAUCUCCAGCUCUGCAUCCUCUUAACUCUCGCACGAGGUAUCAGGGUCUGUCAGCAGGUGCAGCUCUGGUUAGGGUCGAGCUGAUGGAGCCCAGGGUGCACAAGGGAGGGCCAGGACUGCACAGCUGCCCUCAAUUUGCUUCCCAGCACCUUGCCCUGCACUGCAGCAGAUGGAAGGACACACCGGGGUGCUGCACGCUUCUCUCCAGCAGCAUAGAGCUCCUCGUACCUCCCCAGCUGAUGGCCCCGCAUGGCCCUCCUUGCUCAGUCACGAGCGUUCAGGAUGCCGUUCCAGUUCUCCUGUUACACUUUCACAUUUGCAGGUCAGGUUCAAGACAGCACUGGGAUAUCAAGGUUGCAGAGCCAGGCCCUGACAGCAGCAGAGUGGGCUGGAAAAGACGCAGGUGCAGGAGCCCACCUCUGUGAUGGUAAACACAGCACAAGCACCCAGAGCAGGAUCCCAAGCAGGACGCCUUGCCGGGAGCUCCGGUGCCAUACCUGACAUCAGGUGCCUUUCUGCUGCUGGGUUCCAAUCUCACUGCCCCCAGCCGUGCUGCAGGAGGGGAUGCAGCUUCAGCCAAGGGCUGACACCACCAGCAGUUCCCUGAGACAGCCUGAGCCCUGAAGAAUAGAGCUCUCAUCCUUGCACUGGCACUACAGCCCUGGCAGAUCCCCAGCCCGGCCCCCAGAGCUGGCCCAGCGGAGUGGGGCAUUCACUUUCCCCAUGCAGGAGGUGUUGGCACCGUGUCCUGUCCACUCCCUCCUCUUCAGGGCCAUUGCAAGGCUGCCCUGUAUCCCGCCCAGCUCAGAGCAUCUCAGAAGUGCUGCUGCUGCUGGGCUACCAGGUGACGGGAUGCAGCACAGGCUGGAAGAAAGUCAGGCUUCAGAGUCCCAGCAGCAGUUCUUUGACCCGCAGCCUGCAGCACGGUGUGGCAGGGCUGCACUGGCAGCUCCACCAGGCGACUGCUUGGUCCCUGCAUGCACAGCUUCUAAGUCUUCUGCGUGCUUUUAGCAACAUUAAAGGGAUAAACCCGACCUGAUUUCCGCAUAUAGAGAUAUUGAGAUCUUGUUUAGCUGAACCCUAUUAAAACAGUCUGCCAUGAAGCCCUGCAUCAAGCCCUGAACUUACAGCAGCAUGGUCUAAGCUCCGGCAGCAAAUCAGAUAUUACCAUUGCAUCUCACAACAACAGCUCUCCGAGGAUUGCGAUGCUAAAAAGGGGAUGCUUAACAGGGUUGGCCUUAAUUAAACCUCAGAUAUUUCACUGCUACAGUUUGCUUUCUGGGCUCAGUCUUGCAGUUGGCAGGAGAGAGAUGUCAGAAUAAUCUGUGCAGGAGAAACACUUCACACACCAGAUUUGAGUGCAGCCUGGCCUGACUUCCCUAAGGCAAGACGGACAAAGAACCUUUACUGAGACAGUGCCUUGCUUUUCUGCUGGGCCAUGCUCAUACCAACCAGCCUCCAGCAGGGACUGGAAGCAGUGUGUCACUCAGCCACUGACUCAGCUCUACUGGGUGAGCAGAGGCUCAGGGCUCCUGGUGACGCUGGUGAUUCACUUGACUUUGACUCAGGAGGUGAGCUGGUUCCUGAGCUCUGUAGAGCAGGAAAGGGGCUGCUCAGAGCCCCUGGUAAAAUUGCAUGCACUCCUUCCUUCUCUCUCUGCCCAAGAACCAGGGCUUCGUGGUGGCCUGGUGUACACUAGCCUGAACUGGAGCUGCACUCUGGCCAAUUCAGUCAUACCAGAGCAAAAUCCUUUGCUCUCUCUGGGGCCUGACUCCCUAAGCACACCUGGAGGCACUGUACGGCCCCAGAGCUUUAUGUUACAGUGCAGUGAGGUAUUGAAACAAAUUGUAAACAAACCCUAGUAUUUACUGGUUUGCAUGAGGGCUUGCUUUUCCUGGGAGGAGUGGGAUGUAUUUACUUUUCUGUUUGUUAAUACUGUACAGCUCAGAUAUGUAUAAUAAACUUCUUGUGCAGAUAAAGAGCACAGCAUGGCACCUGCUUGACAGGGGGCAGAUGAGA